AUGGCGGACACACACCAACCCGCACAAUAUGGCGUCGCCAUCACGACAAACAGCUCAAAAGAGAUAGCCGAUGCCACAAUCCAACCUCGCAGCGAUGACAGCUCCAACGAUGACAGCUCCGUCGCUAGCACCCUCACUCCAGCGCCUCUACGCUGGAAGAUCAUGGCCAUACUCCUAGUCACCGCCAUAGGCUUCGGCUCGCAAUGGAGUUCCGGCAUCACAGGCGCAAUGAAGAGCACGAUCAAGAAAGAGCUGAAAGUCAACAACAAGCAAUUCGCGCUGCUGGAAGCGAGCGAGGACUUUAUGGUUACAGCGUUGAUGCUGGUGAGCGGGUUGGUUACGGAUAGGAUUGGGGGCGCGGGUGCCAUGCUCUACGGCAACGUCAUCUACUCCAUCGGCUCGAUUCUCGUCGCGGGCGCGGCGCAGACGCGCUCGUACAAGUUUAUGAUUGCUGGUCGGGUGGUACGCGCUCUUGGGGAUAUUGCUACGCAGGUCGCGCAGUACAAAGUCUUUUCAUCGUGGUUUGCGCCUGGAAAUGGGUUCGCUUCUACGCUAGGCUUUGAGCUGGGGGUGGGCAAGAUUGGUGCGUUUGCGGGCAAGGCGUCUGCUAACAUCAUUGCGAAACGGACGGGCGACUUCGCGUGGGUGUUUUGGGUUGCGGUGUUCAUGAAUUUGUUCACCAAUGUCAUGACUGGGGUGUUCUACUGGUUUACGAAGGUUGCGAAUCGGAGAUUCCACGGUGUGAAGGACCCGGCGACGGGUGAGCGGCUGACGGAGAAGAGCAAGAAAUUUCAGCUGCGGAAGGUGCUAGAGUUGCCGUGGACGUUUUGGGCUAUCAUGGCGUUUUCGCUGUUCGAAACGAGUACGGCGAUUGUCUUCUUGCAGAAUGCUACGGAGAUGGCUGAGCAGCGGUUUGGGACGGACUCGAUUGCUGCGGGAUGGUAUUCUGCUACGACGCAAUAUGCCGGAUUCUUCUUGGUACCGCUGAUCGGAGUAUUUCUAGACCUCUUUGGACAUCGCACUGCGGCAAGUUUUGGUGUUUUCGCCAUUACAUAUUGCUUUGGUCCCACCCCCAUCAUCGACAGCAUCCGCACAUCGAUGUGGCAGCCUUCUGUGUUCGGAUCUGCGUACGCUUUGAAAAUCACCAUGAACAACGCCAUGAACAUCAUCGUCCGCGUCAUAACCGGCGUAAUCCAGGACGCUGAUAACAACUCUUACGACCGUGUGACCAUCGUAUAUGUUGUUCUCUCAGGAUUAUCAGUCGCAGUCUCGCUAGGGCUGUUCGUUGCGUCUUGGAAAUUCAUCGACCUCCAGCACCUGCAGUGGUCGCGCAAGCUGCGCAUUGCCCGAGGAGACGUGCUCAAUGAGAGAAAACGGAUAUUCGAGGAGGGUCAUGGGAAGAGCAAGACGAUCUCGAUGGCCUGUUUUGGUGCGCUGGUACUGUUUGUGAUAGGUGGGUGGUGUGCGUAUUUCUGGGGAGUGGCGACUGGGAAUAAUGAGUGA